CGACGCAUUUUCAAGUUUUGCAAUAGUUAUAAUUAGCAGGAUAGAAUAGGAUGUAAUAUGCACUCUCCACCCGACGUCGAGACUUCGCUAUGCUCUCGCCAUCCACACAGUAGCAGCGUCAAGUGUUCGAUGGGGAUCUCACCUGGCCAUGACGUCGAGUCUGGGCUGGUAUCCCUUGCCAAUCCUCAGAGACCAAAGGCACCUACGAUAACAGUCACUCCAGGUGAUGACCGCGAUAUUUCAUCGACGACGGGUUUAGCAACGUCCUGUGAUGCGCCCCAACGCGUUGUCGCCGUCGAUAAUGCCUUGCAGCCGCUUUUGGGACCUGGCGCAGGGCGCGGCCGAAGUUCUUCGUCGUCCUCUUUUGCGUCGUCUCUUCGGCCUGACGCACCACCCAAGCGUAUCUUUCCCAACAUUCCCAUCGACGCGUCUGCGUUAGGAAGUCUGGAGCCUUACCCUCGCUCGCCUUCUUUCCAUGAUGGGUCCUCGACCACCACCAUGGCUCCAGUAUUCUCUAUUGGAAGAUCGCGCGCGUCUUCGGGGAUAACUGUGAUGAGACACGAAGACAACGACAAUAUUCUAGCGCCUGAUCCUGGUAAAGGAGUUUCUUCUCACAUCGAGGAUAAUCCGUUUGCGUUCGGCCCUAAUGUGAUCGCCGAGGUGAUUGCUUCAAAAAGCCUCACGGAAUUUCAAGCGUUAGGUGGACUCGCAAAGCUAGCACAAGGCCUGCGGACAGAUCUUUUCACUGGCUUGAGCCUAGACGACGCAUGGCUACACGACACUAUUCACAGCGGGUCAGCGUCGCGAGCUACGGCGGCGAGACAUCAAGAGAGUUACCAGGAUUUGCAGGCUAGGAGGGCUGUGUAUGGGACGAAUCGUCUCCCAGACCAGAAGACAAAGGGUAUCUUCGAGCUCAUGAUUUUGGCACUUAGCGACAAGGUCUUAGUUCUUCUCUCCGUUGUCGCCAUUAUCUCUUUCUUCUUAGGUCUGUAUCAGGCUUUCGGUCAGCCUCAUGAGCCGGGCCAACCACGUGUCGAAUGGGUGGAUGGCGUUACAAUCAUGGCUGCUGUUAUCAUCGUCGUCGUCACGGGGGCCUUGAACGACUAUCAGAAGGAACGGCAAUUUGCUCGACUUAACAAGAGGAAAGAAGAUCGCAUGGUCAAAGCAAUCCGAUCGGGGAGGUCGGUAGAAAUUUCCAUAUAUGACGUCCUCGCAGGUGAUGUGCUGCACCUAGAGCCUGGAGAUCUUGUCCCGGCGGACGGUAUUCUAAUUUCCGGUUAUACUGUUCGAUGUGAUGAAUCUUCCAUGACUGGAGAAUCCGAACAGAUACAAAAAGUCACUGGGGGCGAGGCCCUGGCUAAACUACAUACGUCCGGAGAUGUGGACAGCUUAGAUCCCUUCAUCAUCGCUGGGAGCAAGAUUUUAGAAGGAAUUGGCACGUACAUUGUCACAGGCGUCGGUAUGAACAGCACACACGGGCGACUGAUGAUGAGUCUGACAGAGCGUACCGACGAAACACCAUUACAAAAGAAGCUGAGCAUUGUGGCGGACAAAAUUGCCAUAAGUGGAGUGGCCGCGGCCGGGGUCUUGUUCGUUGUUCUCACAGCCAAGUUCCUGAGUCAACUUUCGGGAAGCCACGACUCUCCAUUUGAACAGGUCCAGGCAUUCCUGCGAAUAUUCAUCGUCUCGAUCGCCAUUGUUGUUGUAGCUGUCCCAGAAGGACUACCUCUGGCUGUCACACUAGCACUGGCAAUCGCUGUGACACGAAUGCUGAAGGAUAACAACCUUGUGAGGAUCUUGUCGGCUUGUGAAACGAUGGGAAAUGCGACUACUGUGUGCUGCGACAAAACGGGGACCCUCACCGCGAACAGGAUGACAGUUUGUGCGGGAACUGUAGGCGUUGCGGGUCGGUUUUUGGAUGAGGGGAGUCAACCAGGCGGUAGCCAAUCACGACAUGGUUCUAUUAGGCCCAGCUCAUACACAAGCAUGGAAGGAACACCAGGAAGUUCUGCUUGGAAGGAUGGGGCUGUUCCGACGGGGAAGUUUUGUUCUCUACUUGCCUCAGACCUCCGAGACAUCAUGGUGAAAUCCAUCGCCAUCAACUCCACUGCCUUUGAAGGCGAGGAAGACGGCAUGCGGGCUUAUAUCGGUUCGAAGACCGAGGCUGCACUCUUGACAUUCGCGAGAGACUGGCUGGGAAUGCAACCACUCCAUGAAGAACGCGCAAACGCUGAGGUGGUUGAAGUUUACCCAUUCAACUCGACCAGAAAGUGCAUGGCUGUUGUGACACAGCUGCCCUAUGGCUCGCAUCGAAUAUAUCUAAAAGGAGCGCCUGAAAUUGUCUUGGAGAAGAGCAGUCGAGUCAUUUCUAAGACAACUUCCCAGCUGAGCGAGCACGUACAUUUGACAAAAGAUAGGCUUGACGUGCUGACGGGAGCCAUCAAUGAAUACACGUCUCAGUCGUUGCGGGCUCUUGGCUUCGCAUACAGGGACUUACCAUCAUGGCCUCCCCCAGGAGAUGAGGUAGGCGAGGACAUAUUUGCCGACAUGACGUUCUUAGGCGUCCUGGGACUCCAGGAUCCGCUCAGACCUGGAGUUGAGGCGGCUGUUGCACUGUGCCAGCAUGCAGGAGUAUUUGUAAGAAUGGUGACCGGCGACAACGUCAGAACAGCUCAGGCGGUUGCGAGAAAAUGUGGCAUUCUCACGGAAUCCGGUGUUAUUAUGGAAGGCCCAGAUUUCAGAAAAUUGUCCAUUCCCGAGAUGGACAGCAUACUGCCGCAUCUGCAGAUGCUCGCAAGAUCUAGUCCAGAAGAUAAGAGGAUGCUUGUGAAGAGACUAAAAGAGAUAGGAGAGACCGUAGCCGUGACAGGCGAUGGCAGUAAUGACGGCCCAGCUUUGAGAGCGGCAGAUGUUGGGUUUUCGAUGGGUAUCUCUGGCACUGAAGUUGCCAAGGACGCAUCGUCAAUCAUCUUGAUGGAUGACAACUUCUCGUCGAUUGUCAAGGCAAUUGAAUGGGGUAGGACGGUGAACGACGUAAUCAAGAAGUUCCUUCAUUUUCAACUUACGGUUAAUGUCACUGCAGUCACGCUCACCUUCGUAUCUGCGGUUGCAAGUGACAAGGAAGAAUCCAUACUUACCCCGGUUCAGCUGCUUUGGGUGAAUCUCAUUAUGGACACCUUCGCUGCUCUCGCUCUCGCCACGGAGCCUGCGAACCCAAAUGUUCUUGAGAGGGAGCCAGAGAGGAAAACGGCACCACUGAUCUCGCCUACUGGCUGGAAAAUGAUCAUUGGACAAGCUAUAUACCAACUCAUUAUCGUCAUGAUUUUAUAUUUUAAAGGAGGCGAGAUGCUUGGAUAUACGCAGCCGGAGGAUAUGGAAAGACUCCAGACGCUGAUCUUCAACGCUUAUGUCUGGAUGCAAGUUUUUAAUCUGACCAACAACCGUCGACUUGACAGCAAGCUCAAUGUAUUCAGUGGCAUCCUCCAGAACCCGUUCUUCAUUGCUGUCAAUAUUGUCAUCAUUACAGGUCAAGUUCUCAUCAUAUUCUUUGGGGGCAGCGUGCUCUCUACGACACGGCUCUCCGCAAAGGAGUGGGCAAUAUCUCUUGUCUUGGGAUUCGCGUCUCUUCCCGUUGGCAUGUUACUUCGUCUCACUCCCGACGUAUCACUUCAGCGAAUCCUCACCUUCCGGGUGGGUAAGCAGAGGUCAAGGGAGACUCUGGCGUCGGAGGCUUCUGAGGGCGACCAGUGGCACCGUGCCAUCGAGAAUGUGCGUUUUAAGCUUGGUUCUAAAAGACAACCCCGCAGCUCGCGAUGGGAACGUCUGCGACAUGGGAUUUUACCCUUGGUCAAGGCAAAAAUAUUUGGAGGGGCCCGGGAUGAUGGAGAGGUGGACGAAAUAAGCCCUUUACUUCCUUUCAAUAGCAGACAGGAUCUCUCACGGACAAGUUCGAUUUGUUCACCUGCUGCUGCAGUCAUGGCAGGCAUUGUCGCAGGGGGGGUGGCUGGAUGGCCACGUGUACCAGAUGAGACAUAAAAUUUAGAUCUCUAGCUAUAAAUUUUCUAUGUUCUAGUUUAGAAUCAUCUGCUUUCUCGUAUUCACUAUUCGCACCUCCCCUGGGCAGUCUUGCCCAAGCUAUUUUUAAAAAACCAUCGAAUAGUUCAGCGGUUAGUGGGGGACAAGGGCUACACAUUUCAUUAGCGACGAGUUGUCAUCCAGGCUGCACGACUCAGUAGGAAAGAACUUGUUAAUAUCAAGGCUAAAGAUGCAUCUGUGAUUAGCUUGGCGCAGAUCCGUGGCUAAGCAUCUGCGAUCGGCUUGGCGAUCGGCUUGGCUUGUAUCGACUUGGCGAUCGACUUGGCGCCGAGUUGGGCAGAAUAACGUUCGGUUUGUUUUAGUGAGCGAUCAUGCGAAGCUCUGGCAAUACUUUUGCGGGUCGUUACAAUCAUACAGGAGGGGGAUAGUAUAUGCUUGACUAAUGCAAUAAACACUAGCAACAAGAGAAUGCUGCAGAGCCUCAUUGAGAGCGGGAAGUAUGAGAAGGUCACAUCGCCACAGUGGUUAAUCCUGUUCUUUGCACUG